AUAAAUUUUCAUUUGGUUUACUCUCCAGUCUCCAAUUGUAGCCUUUUGGUCACGAACUUGAGCCAAAGCUCUGAACUUUUUUCCUUGCUGAAGAUGGCGAAACCUUUAUCCCUAUCUUCCUCCUCCAUAUCAUCUUUCCGGUGCUCGGAAACAACUUCCGGGCCUCUGAAUCGUUUUCUCAUUCAUCCAUCCAGAACAGACCUGGGUUUAUCUAUCUCCAAAGCCAAGACCGGUUACUACGGGUUCCUUUCUCUAUCAAUUCCAACAAGGCGACAUCGAAAAUCCUUCCUAGUUCGAUCAGUAGUUACUCCUGUUGAAAUCCCAGCUGGGUUUGAUGAUAUGGUUUCUGGGACGAAGAGGAAGUACUAUAUGUUGGGUGGAAAGGGUGGAGUUGGAAAGACAAGUUGUGCUGCUUCUCUUGCUGUAAAAUUCGCUAACAAUGGCCAUCCAACCCUAGUUGUUUCAACUGAUCCAGCUCAUUCUUUGAGUGAUUCUUUUGCUCAGGACUUGAAAGGAGGAGAAUUGGUUCAAGUUGAAGGACCAUUAUAUCCAUUGUUUGCCCUUGAGAUAAACCCUGAAAAGGCUAGGGAUGAAUUCCGCAGUGCCAAUACAAAAGAUGGUGGAAAUGCAGUCAAAGACAUGAUGGAUGGCAUGGGCUUAGGGAUGAUUGUUGAACAGUUAGGAGAACUUCAGUUGGGAGAGUUGCUGGACACACCUCCUCCUGGUUUGGAUGAAGCAAUUGCAAUCUCCAAGGUGAUGCAAUUCCUUGAAUCAAAAGAAUACAGCAUGUUUACUCGAGUAGUAUUUGAUACUGCUCCAACAGGUCAUACACUACGUCUCUUGUCUUUACCAGAUUUCUUGGAUGCAUCUAUUGGGAAGAUAUUGAAGCUCAGGCAAAAGAUUACUUCUGCUACUUCAGCCAUAAAGUCUGUCUUCGGACAGGGUGAAAAUAAGCCAGAUGCUGCUGACAAAUUAGAGCGCCUAAGGGAGAAGAUGGUAAAAGUAAGAGAACUAUUCAGAGACACAGAUUCAACUGAAUUUGUUAUCGUCACAAUCCCAACGGUUAUGGCCAUCAGUGAGUCAUCGAGACUGCGGUCUUCCCUGAGGAAGGAAAAUGUUCCUGUCAAGAGGCUAGUUGUCAAUCAGAUCCUCCCACCAUCCACUUCAGACUGCAAAUUUUGUGCAGUGAAAAGAAAGGACCAGAUGCGUGCUCUUGAUAUUAUAAAGAAAGAUUCAGAACUAAGUGAUUUGAAUCUAAUUGAGGCACCAUUGAUUGAUAUGGAGAUAAGAGGUGUUCCUGCACUUCAAUUCCUGGGAGAUAUUGUAUGGAGAUGAAACAGACAUUCCCAUAGCCAGAGCUUUAAGAUAAACAACUCAAACUACACAUGAACAUAGAUCUUUUUGAUUUGGGAGGAUUGUUUCAUAGAUAGCAUCAAGUCUUUAUUUUUUUUUUUUAAAUUUAUAUUUCAUGUUUUCCUUUUCAACAAUAAAGCUUUUUCUUGAUCUUUACAUAUGGCGACUCUGAAUAUUAUCCAAAUUGUUAUCAUAUUGAAAUGAAAUGUUUGAUAUCAAUGUUCAACUCA